AGCAGUGCACAAAUAGUCAUGAAGUUUGUUUUGUUUUGUGAGGUAAUGAGCAUGACUGUCAUUUUGUCGAGUGGUACAGGUAGCUGAUUGUUUGUCGUGCAGGCGGCGCCACGGCACUUCAACCAACACACAGAGGGUGCCCAAAUUAGAGGGCUCGACAAAAGCUGGGAGGCUACUUUCGGCAAGGUUUAAUGUUGCGAAUCCAGCGUGCAGAUCCACGCUUGCCAUUUCCGACUCCGACUCGCUGCAAGGGGAUGCCGCUGAGGCAACUAGGAGGCGAAUCGGAUCCUUCCUCGUGCGACUCGUGGACAUGGCGCAAACAAAUUGCGACGAAAGGAACUGGUUGCCGCAGCUGCGGACGCAAGAGCUUGCGAGAAUUCCCUAUCCGCCAUCCAAUGAGCCACCGUUUAUAGUUUUUUGGUUUCGUCUCGAUUCGGGAAUCGGUGCUGAUUGACGUGGCGCUUCCUCUCGUCCACAUACCCAACGAAAAAGGUUUCUGCCCAUUUGGCAGACAGUGCUGAUCGAGUUUCUAAAACUCGCUGCCCACCACUUGGUUGGCGCGUCGACGGAGUAGCUCGCAAGUUUCCAAAAUUGUGCUGGUCACUUUUGUUUCGCGACGGGACGACGUUUGUAAUUAUCGCCUGGGGGCUGGGUGUCCCUGGGUGGUCAGGAGUUGGCCCCCAUUCGGUACUGAAGGUUUGACCGUCAACGGAGCAGAGUCUCACAACGAUUUCAGACGGUGAGCACGGUGAGCAGAGAGCCAUCCAUGAUUAGGUGAAAAGGUCCUUUGCCUGUGCAAGCGCUGGAGGGGAAUAGUUCCGGAAGAUUUUAGCGACUUUCUGAGUGUUGAGCCUUGCACAAGGAAAAGGCUUCGAUAGUGAUCGACAAGAUACAGACAAUUAAGUCUCCGGUUCUGGUUUAUAAUGCAGAAGUUCGAGGAAGAUUGAUUCAGUGUGGGUGUGACAUCAGGUGUUUAAGGCCCGCAGGCAUACACGGGGUCCUGAAAGAACUUGUGUUAUCCAUUCGAUUCCAGGGACUAGCCAGAGGAGUAGGAUUAUGAAAGCGGAAGCUUUUCUUCUAGUCGUUACGGGAUCCGAUUUGCAGGGUGCGAACAGUCUUCGAGAGCUACUGGUAGUUUUCCGCAGCUGAGAUUGGGUGACGCCGAAAGAACACAAGACCUGUUUUGCACCGAUUUUGAGGUGCAAUUGAGCUGGAAAGGGUUUCUCUUACGACUGUCCGAGGGGAUUUGAAUUCGUUAGUGGACAAUAUUCAUAACGAUUCUUUAGUUGGCUGCGGACUAGAAAUUGAGUAUGUCCGCUCCAAGAAUGGCGACACCAGGUGAAUAUAGUGAUUAUGGGAGAAAUCCGUCACCAUUCACUUAUUCCUACAAUCCUAUGAACUCUUCCAGGUUUAAACUCACCAUGGCCGUGAUUAUCAUUGUCCUCAUCGGAGGUUGUUUCAUUCUCGGCUUCAUUUCGGUCCUCAUUCGCAAAUGUAUGACGGAGGAGAACUCUGUGAGAUCUGUGGAGCAAUCUCGAAGCUGGAACUCCAAAACGAGGGGGCUCGACAAGGCGACUAUAGAUGCGCUGCCGAUUGUACAUUGUAGUGAUUUGGAUGAGAAGGACGACCAGGAGUGCCCCGUCUGCUUGACGAACUUUGAACCUGAGGAUGGCUUGCGCUUGUUGCCGGCUUGCAAGCACAUUUUUCAUCAAGAUUGUAUUGACAUGUGGUUUGACUCGCAUUCUACAUGUCCCUUAUGCCGCGCCAGCUUGAGGAAUCAAGUCGGAACUGAGAAUUCUAACAAUGCGCCAGGUGCGUCGAGAGAGCCGGUGGGUUCGGUUCCUGAGGUUGUGGAAAACGGGGACAGCGACAUCGAAUUACAACCCAUCAGCGAUGCGCCUCAAGAAGAUGCUCGCCGAGAAGCAGCUCCAGGAGCGACAAUUUCACGAGAAGAAGAGCGUAGCAGUGCGCGAGGAACUCUAUCUCGGGACUCGCAGACGUUCAAACAGGCGGCGAGGGGAGUUGUAGCACUAGAAAGAGCGGAAUCGGCGGGAGUUCCAGGAGGGAUACCCAUCUGUAGGCGAAAGCUGCCAUUGCCUCCAUCGUCGACGACGGGCAUUCGGCGGGCGUCAUCCCUAGGAACGGACCUGAUAGCAUUGCGCACCAUGUUGAUGGGUAGUGAAACGCCGGCCUCGUAUCGACUCACUGCCACCAGGUCCGCGGUGCCCAAGUCCCACGCACCAUCAGCCUCAUGGUUCCCGCGCCCCAGAAGCAUGGAUCUAGGACUCAUAAGGAACCGUUACGCGCAAGGCAACCCCACCGCAACCGACAUCGACAGCAGAAAGAGCUCUACAGGAGCGAGCAUGAGCAAGGCCGAGACCUCAACUGUCGCAUCGGAACGGUCCUGGUCAGACAGGUGGAGCUUAUCCAGCAUACGAAGUGCAAUGUUUCCACUCAGCAGAACGACGUCAGAUGUCUCAUCGGGCGUGAACCACCGCUUGCCAAUCUAACCCCACCAUCCCACACUCUCAAAAUCCCUGCUUCGCAAUCCCGAAACGGCGCAUUUGGCAUAAAGAACCCUUCAGCUCCGUUGCAGUAGUACACAGAUGUUGCGACCUACGAUUCUGGCGCUUUUGUUUCCACCGCAUUUGUGUCUGAUUCAACGCUGCAGAAUUCUUUAACUCAUUGUCAUUCGUAGAUCACAGUGCGGCACCAGCUUCGACGGUGUACAUAUCACACACAUUCUCGGCGUUCUGAUUCUGUAGAUUUCCUCUUGGUUCCGGCCAAUUGGUCCAUUUUUGUAGUGUAGAUGGAAUAUACAUACCGACACUGUAUUCUAGGAUGAUUCAUUCUUUACUAGUGUUAUUGAAUUACCAUUUUGAGUUAUGGUCUCUCAUUGCCUUGUUCCAUAUUAA